ACAUUUUAACAUUUCAAAACAAUAGCAUGUGGAUAUUUUUGUAAAACAAAAUAUAUGAAAUAAAAACCCUAGGAACGAUUCUCAUCGAAAGCUAAAUUUUCUCGCUUCAAAGAAUACAAAUUUCCUAAGGAAUAUAUAAUAAUGAAAAUAUCAGAGCUUCCUGGUGACGAAGAUUCAGGGGUGACCUGUCGCACAUAUGUUUUUCAGAAUGAAAGUCAUACACUAGGAAAUGCUUUGAAGUGUAUUAUAAAUAAAUAUGAAGAUGUCCAAUUUUGUGGAUACACAGUCCCUCAUCCAGCUGAAUCAAAAAUGCAUUUCCGUAUACAAACCCAUGAAACUCCUACUCUUGAAGUAUUAAAACGUGGUCUUAAGGAUUUACAAAAAGUAUGUGACCACACAAUAGACUUGUUUGAAAAAGAAGUAAAAGACUUUAGUAAAGCGUAACUGGGUUUUUAUUUAAACUGGAAGGGUCUGAAUUG